CAAUGGCGGACGACAUAGACAUCGAGGAGCAUGACGUGCUGGAGAGUCUGCGCCGGCGCCACGAGCUGCCAGACGCCUCCGUCCAGCCUGACUCCUUCAUCGUCAAGUCUGAGCCUCUGGAGGUUGAGUAUGAAGAGUCAAAUUAUGAAGACCCCAACCACGAGAACCAGUGGACGUGGGACCAAGACAAAGUGGAAAUAAAGAUAGAACCCCAAGAAGAGAUAGUCAAUGCAGACGAGUUCAGAUUCGGCAAAAUUAUACUCGGCAGCAAACCGGCCCAGCUACCUCAAGAGGACCAGGAAACUCCGAGCGGCAGCCAAGUAAGGGAAGUGGAAUAUAAUUACAAUAUGUCACUAGUUUUGGACGAUUGGGGACCCAUCCUGGGCAGAAGCGAUUGCUAUUGCAAAAUAUGUGAAACUCUCUUCGCUACGGUUAACGCAUUAGAUGCCCAUAAAAUGAUCGCCCAUUCCUUCCUUGUAGUUACGGAUAAACAGCCAAGUCCAGAGAGAAAUAAGGCAUUCAAGAGCACAGCUAAACCUAGUAACAUAGUAAUAGUAACUAAUGAUAGCACUUGUAAAAUAUGCCAUUUCCAAUUCAAAGGUACUGUUGGCAAAUCUAACCUAUUAAGACAUUACAGAAACAUCCAUCGGGUUGAUCCGAAAACUAUGAACUCUAGUGACUUCAAAAGUUGGAGAGUCUGCAACCAUUGCAAUAUGUAUUUUCCGAAUGAUACAUCUUUAGUAAAACAUUUGUAUGAAUUGCUGCCGUUGAAUGAUAAAACGCCAACUAAAGAUGACAGGACUAUUGUACCGGCAGCGAAACCUAAACCGGUGUUAAAUGUUGUCAAAAAUAUACCAAAAGCUGUCAAAUCUACUAGUAAGAAUUCAAAUGUUACACUUGGUAAAGCUGUCAAAUCUACAACUAGUAAAAUUUCAAAUGUUACUGUUAACUCUCCAAAUAAAGUGGUAACAUCAGUUCCAGUACCAAACCGAAUUAUAUUAGGAUCAAAACCUGCCAUUAAAAGUGAAAACCUGAAGCAGCCUAAUAAGAUCAAGUUGACGGAUACAAAAGUUAGGUUCAAAUGUUUGUUGUGUAAUGAGAUUUUCACAACUGAGUGGGGAGUAAAGAAACAUAGGCAGAAACAUCCAACCAGGAUGAAAAGGAAACGGAUUUUCGUCAAAUUAGUUAACAAAACAAACAAAGUUAUAGUAAAUCCUGACUUGGAGAAGAUACCUGUAACAGUGAAGCAAUACUUGAUAAAAUCGAAAGCUAUCGUUAAAAAAGAGAUUGUUGAUGAAGACAGACCUGUAUUAGUUUCCAAGUCAACAUUAUUUAAAUGCAAUAGAUGUUCCGUGCACUUUUUGACUUGCACCGGGGCUUGCAAACACUCCAUCGUGUGUGAAACAUCCUCAAACAUUCGGGACUGGGCCUGCCCGCUCUGCCAGCGAGUUUUCAAGAGUGCAGAGAAAUCAGCACACGAGUAUCAACACAAAAUGCUAAAUGCCCACAACUUUAAAGUGUAUGUAGUGUAUUUAGAAAUGAUUGUCCGGAUCCUUUGCCAGUGUCCGAAUUGCUUUGUCUGUUUUGAGGAAGACAAAUUCUGGAGGCAUGUUAACGGUGGAUGCAGUGAUGCCGCUUCAUAUUAUUGCAAUGAAUGUAGAUUGCCAAUUGACAUACAGUCCAAAGCCAAUCACGACAGCAAACACAAGCAAGGAGACUUCACUAGAGAUGACUUUAUCAAAAUAGAUUAUAUCUCUUCCAAGGCAGUCGGUCCGAAGAAAAUCAAAACUGAAGUUGUUGAAGAAAUAAGAAGCCCCGUGAAAGUUAAGAUUGAGAGUGAGACCCCGAGAAAAGGAUUGAAAAGAAAAUUGGAAUUGCCAGCGGUUCCACUAAAGAGAAGGAAGGGAAAUUGGGAUAAUCUCAUAUUGUACUAUUGUCAGUUUUGCAAAGCAUAUUUGGGGAACAAAUCUGUAGUACACACAAGUGGAAGCUGCAAAGAAAGGUCAAAAGGGAGUAUCGCAUUUUGUAAAAUUUGUGGAAUAUAUUUGAAAGCAGCAUAUCAUACAACCCAUAUGUCCUUGCACGUUAAAAUUCCAAAUCUGUCAAUUGCCGACAUCACUUUUGUUAAGCUCUCGGACUCGAAGAAAAUAAAACCAGUGCAGACACUCCAUCCGUGCAAGACUUGCAAAGUGAACUUCUUGACUAAGGUGGCCAAGCGUGUUCAUAAAUGCAAAGAAACAGACAGCACUACCUGUCAGUCAUGUCAGAAGAAAAUACAGACAGAUCUGUUUGACACACAUUUACGAAUACAUGACUACGUUAUCCCCCGUCAGGUUAAAAAUAUCAGUGAUAUGUUACAGGUACCAAGUACAUCUCAAAAUGACACAAAGUCACCAAUGCAAAAAUUUACCAAAAAGGAGGCUAAAUCACCUCUAACCAAGUUACCAGAUUUGCUGAUGAAAUACCAGUCGCUCACUGCUCUAUGGAAUAUACUCUACCUCUGCGCUAUUUGCGACACGUUUACAGAUUCAUACGAUAAAGUCGUGGAGCACUGUCAAAACCACCUCACCAACAUGGAAAACUACGGUGUGGUCAUAAGGAAAUGCGAGAAAUGCGACAUGAAAUUCGACAGCGAGUGUUACAAGCGCCAUUUAGAACUGCACGCCGAAAACAAGGUCAGCAAGAAAACCUUCCAGGUCUUGAAAUACGAACAUUACAACCUGUUUUCCGAUAAGUGGUUUGACUUUAUAGAUUUGCCCGAAGAGCGGAAGUCACAGAUUGUCAACCGGAGUAUAUACGGCGGUAAUAGAUGCGUAAAAAUGAAGCUGAUCCAACAAGGACCACCGGAAUACACCCUGUAUAAAUGCGAGAAGUGUCAAAAUUGUGUGGUUGCUGAUACUAUAGUCUACCACGUCAAACUCGCAAACUGCUGUAAAGCGCACAAAAUCCCUUGCUCCGUUUGUGAGAUGACUUUUGCUAUAAGACGCGAUUGCGAAGAACAUGAAAGGAUCCAUGAGACUACUGGUCUCGGAGUACAAUCCUUCAGAAUCGUCUCUUUCAAUGACGCAAAUGACGCUGAAGCGAAUAAAACGAUCAUGUCAUAUGACACUGAAAACCAUGGGAGUAAGAAUAAGAUAUCAUUCAUAGAUGACGAAAUUGCACCUACAGCUCCUAAAUUGAGUCAGAAUAGUGCGCCUCUUAAGUCGUUUGUGUUCUAUAAGUGCGCUGAAUGUCAGGUGUGUGUUGCCCAUAUGAGAAAUUUUCCGAAACACGCGUGCAAUAACUUACCUAAGAGACAGUGCACCGAAUGUGGCGUCUUUCAUAGUGCAAGGCAUUUUGCAAACCAUAAAAUGCUUCAUAACAAGUACACGUUCUCGAGAAAUAAUGUGAUAACUAAAACUGUCAAUAAAGAUGGUAAAGUGAUUAAUAUCAAAAAGCAAAGUCCAGUGAAGAAAGGAAAAGGUGUUGUAGACAAUACGCAAAACAAAAACGAUAGUACAGAUCUAAGACCGAAACUGUAUAAAUGCUUUUGCGGUUUACAUUUCACAUCCCUGAAAGCUAUCGAGAGACAUUACAAAGCUAAAAAUUGCAGCACCGUUAUACGGGAGAAAUGCAGCCAAUGCGCUUUGGUUUUCGACCCCAUAGAGGUCGUCAACCAUCUUUGCAAGCACCACGCUCAAAAUCUUGAUAUCAAUACCGGAACAUUCAACAUUAUCACGCCGAACAAAAAGACAUUGUACAAGUGCGGUUUAUGUCACGUUUUGUUCUACCACAAGACAGCAGCGUUCCCCCACAAAGCCAAAUGUACCGGGACAUUCUGUGGGAAGAAAUGUGUCAAGUGCGGCCUGGCCUUCGACACAACUAGCCUGGCGACCCACAUGGUCGACCACGAGCGCAACAAUAAGCUUAAAACCGACUGCUACGUAAUAGUUAAAAUUCCUGAUGAGACAAUUCCUGAAACCGAACACGGUCUACAUCCGAAUAUUCUUUACAAGUGUAAGUCGUGCGACAUUCAUUUCUUAAGACGAUCUAGUGCUCGAAAUCAUAUAACGAAGCGCACAGACUGCGGCACUACGGUAACGGAGACUUGCAAGAUAUGUAAACGUAAGUUCCCGGUUAAAUCCAUCAUGAGACACGUGGCCUGGCAGCAUAAGAAACUGAAGAUCAAGGAAUUUAACAUUAGAGAACUAAUUUUUGGUGUUAACAGUAAAUUUCCUAAACCCGUUCAAAAAGAAGAAAUGGUAAAACCUAAAGUGAAGAAAGAAGAAGUGGUGAUUCCGAAAGUGCCGGUGGCAGUUACAGUAUAUAGGUGCGUAAAGUGUAUGGUACUUUUUACUGAUGAGAGUACCCUGCUAACGCACCUUGAAGACAGAUGCAGUAAGGAGCUUACUGAAGAAUGUGAGGAAUGCAAUGUUAAAUUCGCUUCUAAAAAUUUCAGGGAACAUAAUAGACAACAUGGUCAUGGGGUGGCUUUGUCCAUGACUAUCGUAGAAGAUGUACAAGCACCUCAAACCCCUGACAAUAAAACAGAAAGAAAAUUAAGCCCAACUCCAUUUGAUCCAAAGGAACACCCAUUGUACAAAUGCACAAGCUGCAAUUUGCAUUACUUAAAUAGGAAAACGCUACUGAGCCAUGACUGCAAACCUACCGAGGCAUUCAAAUGUGAGAUAUGUGAUCUUAGCUUCACCAAAAAAAGUCUGUGUCGUCACAAGGCAAUCCACGAGAAACAUAAUUUCAAAAAAGAAGAUGUCGUCAUUUUAACUUUGUCUGACUGUGUCAAAAAACCUGAAAGUCCUGACACUAUAACAAUUUUAGACAAUAGAACAGAAACCCCAGACUACGAAACUCCGCCUAAACCGAAGAAUCCGAAGAAACAUAUACUAGAUAGAUAUGAUAAUAAACUGUACAAAUGUACAGUUUGCAAUGUGCAUUACCUAACCCAGGCCACCUUGGAGAAACAUAAAGAAUGCAUUCCUGACGCCGAUUCGAAAUGCGAAGUAUGCGACAUUGCUUUCACCAGUUACAGUCUGAAACGUCACAAAUUAAUUCACGAGAAAUACAAUUUCAAAAAGGAAGAUUUUGUUAUUUUAACCCUGACUGAUUUAGACCCCAAUUGGAUUCAACGCAAAGUACAAAUCAAAAAGGAAAUUAAGAAAGAUACUUCUUUAGAGUCUAGUUCUAAACUAGUACCUAAAGAAGUACUAGAUUCUAGUUCUAAACUAGAACCUGAGGAAGUACUAGAUGCUAGUUCUAAACUAGAACCCAAGGAAGUACUAGAUUCUAGUUCUAAAGUUGAACCUAAAGAAUUACUAGAUUCUAACUCUAAACUAGAAUCUAAAGAAGCAACUGGGUCUACAGAAAAGAUCGAACCUAAAAAAGCUCACAAGGAAGAACCGAAAAAAGACACACACGCUUCAAAUAUCACACACGCAUUAUACAAAUGUGCUGAAUGCAAUGUAUACUUUAAUACACGAAUAACAUGCCACAAACAUAUAGUAAAACACACUCCGUUAGACCCAAAAGAAUAUAUCGAGUGCAAACUCUGUGGCUUUCAAUUUACGUUAAUGGGUUUACCGUCUCACAUUAAGAAAAACCACGCAAAGUCGUUUAAUUUACAAGAAGUGCUAGUAGAAGAAUAUCAACCCAACGAUGUCAAAACGCACGAAACUUAUUACGCCAGCGAAAAAGAUCAGUCUACAUUGGUGAGCACGAGUGAGGAUGUAAAAAAUGAUUCUAAUUUAAGAAAAGAAAAUGAUUGUGAGGUUUCAAGCUGUAAUGAAAUAGCGGAGAAUGUUGACUCUUCAAAUAACAGUAGUAAACAAGAUAAUAUAGAUAUUACAAGCCAAAGUCAAAGCAGCAAUGAUUUGGAAGAAAUGACUGAACCAAAUUCAAGUAAAGUUAAUGUAACAGUCGAUUCAUCAGAUACAAUGAUGAAUACAGAUCUUGUCGAUGACAAAACUAAAGUAAAUGGUCGAGUUGGCAAUAAUUUUAAAGACAUUAUUGAACCUAAUUCGAAAAGUAAUGGACGAGUUGAAUCUUCUGACAGUAAUAGCACACAAAAGUUGGAUGCUGACGAUGAGACAAAAGUUAUUGAAAUUAGUAAUGAUUUAAACGAAAUUACUGAAUCUAACGCAAUUGAAGACAAACUUACAGUUGAUUCGUCAGAUAAAAAUAUUGUACAAGUCGAAUCUUCAGACAAUAAUAGCACUCAAGUCAAUAUAGACGCUGAAGAUAAGACAAAAGUUAUUGAUCGAGAUAGUGAUUUUAAAGAUAUUACUGGAUCUAAUUCAAGUGAAGGCAAAGUAACUGUUGAUUCAUCUGAUAAAAAUAAUGUACUUGUUAAUACUAGAGAUGAUAACACGAUAAAUAAAGUAAAUAAUCAAUGCGGUGACGAAAGUGAAAUUGCUGAAUCCAUUUCAUGAUGGUAAUAUUAAAACAUUUUGCGCACUGCACAUUUUGUGGUUUAGCAGGACACUGUAUUGAAUCGCACUUGUUUCGAAUGAUACAGGCCAAUUCGAGUUUUAGUUAUGCGAUUUGUUUCCGAUAUGAUACUGAUUUGAUUGACGUUUCUUCAACCGAACACGUCACUUGACCAAGUAAUAAGUAAUAGUACUACCGUACAGAAAGGACCCUUCCUAUAAAACCGAAGUUUGACAGCGAUUCAGGGUCGAAUCAUGAUAUCCCUUUCUAACUUAUGGCGUUGUCCCUUUCGACUAUUUAGGGUUGUCAAAAUACAAGUAAUUAUCUUAUCUGUGGUCGUGCACGCAAAGGGACGUCAAGUUGAGACAACCCUAAUAAUUGCUCGGAGCAAUGCUGAGCCGAACGCAGCCGAGUUUGCCCGAAGUCAGGAGUGUCUCCCCACUGACUUCACACUAACAGAUCAGUUAGAUCAGUAUCAUAUCGGAAUCAGAUCGAAUAAUUAAACUCAAAUAGGCCUGUAAAUGAUGUCUAAAUGUUGAAGACUGAACGUUUUUAUAAAAAAAUGUUUAAUAAAAGUAUGUGAUGAAUGAUGAUGAAUAAUGAUGAAUGAUUACCUCAUCAACUUUUGUUAAGUAUAGAUAAUUAAUCUGUAUAAUAAUUGUAAUUAAUUAUUUAUAUUAAUUUACGAUUUCACGAUACAAUGUUCACAGAUAUCUGAACACGCCUCUAUUGUUAAGGCGUUAGAGUGCAUAUUCCGAUAUUUUUGAUCACCUCAGCCUCUUUGAUAUAUCUACGACUGUACUCUUAUCUUAAGUCCCAAAGUCAUUUUUGCAGUUCUGAAUUUGGAAACUUUCAUUCCAUUAUAGUUUAAAAUCCGAUUUUUGUUCUUUUAAUACGACAUCGGGACUGAGAAGGAUUAAACACUGUAUUUUAUACCGACUAUUCACUUUCUCAAGACCUUAUUCGUACAAAGAUAUUGUUGAGUUAGACCAAGAUAAGUCUGCAGCGAUUUCGAUAGCUAACGCAGUGCAAGUGUUAUUUUAAACGUCAAACUUCUACGAAAUUAUUACGUAUAAAUUACAAUAUCUUGGUCUAACUCUAUUUUAAUGGGGCCUGUACAAUGCGAGUUUGUGAAAAUAAUACUUUUCUGGUUUUUUUUUAAACAAAAAUAAGAAACUUUUGGGUUAAGCGUUUGUUUACAGAAUCAGGAAUGCUCUUGAUUUAAAAAAGAAAGUGGUGUCUAAACUUUUCUUACUAAUUUGAUUCGUUUUGGUGACGACGUGAGAAAGCCUCACCAAAUUUAAACAAUAGAAACAAAAGUAUUCCUGAGUUC